CAGAUUUCAAACAUUUUUUUUUUUUUUUUCACAUAUACUAUUCCUUUUAAUUUCGCGCUCUUCUGUUUUUCUCUCUGACUCUGUGUGUGGUGAUUGUGGUUCCGACCGAAAAAAGAUUCAAGCUUUGAUGGGCCGUAAGCGUGUCAAUGCUGAUCCUAGGUUUCAACCUAAGAAGUGUCGUAAAAGAUGCCUGGAUGAUCACUUAACCCGGCUUCCAGACGACGUUCUGGCUAUCAUCCUUUCAUCCCUUUCUCUAAAAGAAGCCAUCCGCACAAGCAUCCUCUCCCAUCCCUGGAGAAACCUCUGGAAACGCACGUCCCGUCUCGACUUCGACGCCACCCGCGCCCUCGACAGAGUCGGGGAAUCCCUCCUCUUGGAAGGAGAUGCCUUCGAAAACACGUACAAAAUCGAGAGGCUUAACUACGCAUCCUGGGCCGACACAGUCCUCGAGGCUCGAUUAUUCCACUUCUCUGUGUUUUAAGUAUGUUUCAACACGUGCCAGUUCCCUGAGCUGCCCAAACUAAAGAAGUUGGUUGUGGAAUUCCGGGCGAUGCAUUGUCGAGGCCUUAUCGGCUUUAUGCGACUCGUAAGAGCAUCUCCUUACCUGCAAGAAUUUGUUGCGCGGGCAAAUUGGACCGCACCUUCAAGGUUGUUAAAAUUUGAGGCACCUCCUGCGCAAUUUCCACACGUACACCUGAAAGUGGUCGAAUGUUUUGGCUUCUACGGAUGUGCAGGUGAAUUUGAGUUGAUCAUGUGCAUGUUACAAAACUGCAUGGCUCUUGAGAGAAUAAUUCUCGAUCCAGUCGUCACUCGUACCUUCCACAUAGGCCCAUCUUUCCCGAUGAAUUAGAAGCCGCAAGGCAUUCCACAAAUUUCCUGCAUUCUGCCAAGAAACAGCUUGAAGCCAAAGUGCCUCACGUUCGACGUGUUGAAGUCGUAGUUCGUUAAUUGUGCGGUCGAUUGCAUAAUUAAUUCAAGUCCUCACGAGAAUUUUCUUUUGAUCAUGUAUAUUAUUAGUAUGCUGUCAUAAAAUAUGAUAGUUUCAUUGUGUUGGAGUAAUUUAUUUUGGUUAGGAAAGUAUAUGUAACGGACCACACACAAACAAUCAUCGACUUAGUAAUUUAUUUU